AUGCUUACACAAAUCUUAUGGCUGAAAGAUGAUUUCUUACCCCCCACCCUUAACUCCACCCUGACACCAGUUCCAGAACCUGGACCAGGAGAGGUGCAGGUGACCGUCUGCUCGGUGGGGAUCUGUGGAUCUGACGUCACUCUGUGGCAGCGGGGACAAAUUGGUGAAUACAGGGUGACUGCUCCGCUGAUCUUGGGCCAUGAACCCAGUGGGGUCAUCAGCAAAUUGGGUGAGGGAGUCACCGGUGUUGAAGUUGGUGAUCGGGUGGCUGUGGAACCUAACGUGGCAUGUGGCCACUGUAGCUACUGUCGGAGAGGACACUACAACCUCUGUAGCCACCUCCGGUACUUGGCCACACCUCCGACCGACGGUGCCUUAUGUCGAUAUUUCUGCCACCCGGCAAGCUUUGUGCACAAAUUGCCAGACAAUGUUAGUUUUGAUGAAGGAGCUAUGGUACAACCCUUGUCACUUGGUUUCUACGCAUGUCAGAGGGCAGAGGUCAACAUUGGGGACUAUGUUCUUGUGUCUGGUGCAGGUCCACUAGGGAUGAUAGUGAUGUUAGCGGCACGAGCCAGGGGGGCAGUCAGGAUUUGUGUCACCGACAUCAACCCUGGACGUCUAGAGUUUAUCAAAGAGAUCGGCGCUGACGUCACAGUGCUAGUUGCGGCAGGGGAAGAGUCCAAGGAGACGUCGCGGAGAGUGGUGCAGGCGGUCGGCCGAGAGGUGGACGUCAGUAUAGAGUGCAGUGGAAGCCACAGUGGAACUAGCACAGCCAUCUAUAGCACUCGCCCUAGAGGAGUUGUUUGCCAGGUUGGAUUCGGGAGCAACACUGUCCAGAUUCCUCUGACAACGGCAACCAUGAAAGAACUAGACAUACGUGGCAUGAUCCGCUUCGCUAACACUUACCAGACAGUGAUUGAAGCCAUCGCCUCUGGGAAGGUGGAUGUCAAGCAGCUGAUCACCCACAGGUACUCACUGGCAAAUGCCCUGGAAGCCUACAACGCCGCCCUGAAUCAGUUGGGGGUCAAGGUUAUCGUCGACUGUCGGAGGGACACCGAUCUUGGCUGGUACGCAAAUAAUGAUCAUGAAUGUUUGUAG